AUGCUUCCCCCAUCCAUCGCCCUCGCUUCCCACUCCCAUCACCCUCGCUUCCCCCGCCCAUCGCCCUCGCUUCCCCCGCCCAUCGCCGCCCAUCGCCGUAGCUUCCCCCGCCCAUCGCCCUCGCUUCCCCCUCCCAUCGCCCUCGCUUCCCCCUCCCAUCGCCCUCGCUUCCCCCUCCCAUCGCCCUCGCUUCCCCCUCCCAUCGCCCUCGCUUCCCCCGCCCAUCGCCCUCGCUUCCCCCUCCCAUCGCCCUCGCUUCCCCCUCCCAUCGCCCUCCUUCCCCCUCCCAUCGCCCUCGCUUCCCCCUCCCAUCGCCCUCGCUUCCCCCUCCCAUCGCCCUCGCUUCCCCCUCCCAUCGCCCUCGCUUCCCCCGCCCAUCGCCCUCGCUUCCCCCUCCCAUCGCCCUCGCUUCCCCCUCCCAUCGCCCUCGCCUCCCCCUCCCAUCGCCUCGAUUCCCCCUCCCGUCGCCCUCGCUUCCCCCUCCCGUCGCCCUCGCUUCCCCCUCCCGUCGCCCCCGCUUCCCCUGCCCAUCGCCCUCGCUUCCCCCUCCCAUCGCCCUCGCUUCCCCCUCCCAUCGCCCUCGCUUCCCCCUCCCAUCGCCCUCGCUCCCAACUCCCAUCGCCCUCGCUUCCCCCUCCGGUCGCCCUCGCUUCCCCCUCCCGUCGCCCCCGCUUCCCCCGCCCAUCGCCCUCGCUUCCCCCUCCCAUCGCCCUCACUUCCCCCUCCCAUCGCCCUCGCUUCCCCCUUCCGUCGCCUUCCUCGCUCCCAUCGCCAUCUUCCCCUUUGCUUGUUUCCCCUGCUCAUUCUCGACCCCUUUGCUUGUUUCCCCCUGCUCAUUCUCCUUCCCCCCGCUCACUCUGUUUCCCCUGCUCAUUCUUCCCCUUUGCUUGUUUCCCCCUGCUCAUUCUCUUCCCCCCAGCUCACUUUGUCUCCCCUGCUCAUUCUCUUCCCCUUUGCUUGUUUCCCCUGCUCAUUCUCCUCCCCCUGGCUCACUCUGUUUCCCCCUGCUCACUCUCUUCCCCCCGGCUCACUCUGAUUCCCCCUGCUCAUUCUCCUUCCUCUUUGCUUGUUUCCCCCUGCUCAUUCACUUCCCCCCGGCUCACUCUGUUUCCCCCUGCUCAUUCUCCCCCCCCCGGCUCACUCUGUUUCCCCCUGCUCACUCUCUUCCCCCCGGCUCACUCUGAUUCCCCCUGCUCAUUCUCCUUCCCCUUGGCUUGUUUCCCCCUGCUCAUUCUCUACCCCUUUGCUUGUUUCCCCCUGCUCAUUCUCCUCCCCCCCGCUCACUCUGUUUCCCCUGCUCAUUCUUCCCCUUUGCUUGUUUCCCCCUGCUCAUUCUCUUCCCCCUGGCUCACUUUGUCUCCCCUGCUCAUUCUCUUCCCCUUUGCUUGUUUCCCCCAGCUCAUUCAGUUCCCCCCGGCUCACUCUGUUUCCCCUGCUCAUUCUCCUCCCCCCGGCUCACUCUGUUUCCCCCUGCUCACUCUCUUCCCCCCGGCUCACUCUGUUUCCCCCUGCUCAUUCUCUUCCCCCCUGCUCACUCUGUUUCCCCCUGCUCAUUCUCUUCCCCCCUGCUCACUCUGUUUCCCCCUGCUCAUUCACUUUCCCCCUGCUCACUCUGUUUCCCCCUGCUCAUUCUCUUCCCCCCGGCUCUCUCUGUUUCCCCCUGCUCAUUCUCUUCCCCCCUGCUCACUCUGUUUCCCCCUGCUCACUCUCUUCCCUCCUACUCGCUUUGUUUCUUUCUGUUCACUCUAUUUUCCGCUGCUCAAUCUGUUCCCCCUUUCACUCACCCCCAUUUCCAACCUCGCAGGGUACAAGUCCCAGCACCAUGGCCCAGGGUUUAUUGCAUGCAGUGUAGCAGAGACUAGAGUGGGUAUAAAACAUUACAUUUCCAAGCUGUCUUCUUCGUGUUGA